GCAGGUGCUGUAUUUGACCCGCCCCACUCCUCUCUCAGCCAAUGGCUGGACAGUGUGAUGGAGGCGGAGUCAGCAAAGCUCAGGCCGGUUUCUGAUUGGAGGAGCUCUGUGGCUGUCAGAGUGGACCUGAGCUUCCUGAGUGUUCUCGGAGUGGAUGAGAAGAAUGAGAGACUGCAGCUUUACACUCUAUACACCCUGGGAUGGAGGGAUGAGCGAUUGAGCUGGAACUCCUCUCAGUAUGGAGGAGUGCUGAGAGUUACUGUACCUGCGCAGAGUAUAUGGCUUCCUGAUAUUAUAUUAUAUGAGACGGCUACCACUGAUGAAGAGCAGCGCUCCAGUUAUGUAUCAGCGACUGAUGGCGGGUGGGUGGAGCUACAGCAGCCCCGCCUCCUGGAGUCCAGCUGUCCUCUGAACCUGUAUCAUUUCCCACUGGAUCAGCACACCUGUAACCUCACCUUCCUGUCUCAGUCUCACACAGCGAUGGAGGUGGAGGUGUUCUGGGGGAGGAGAGAGAGGGACAGUGUUUUCUCUAGAGGAGAGUGGGAGAUCAUCUCUCUCGCUGUUCCUCCAGAUCUUCAGUCCAUUCCUCACUUCAACACCUCCACCAUCAGAGUACAGGUCACUGUAAGGCGGUCUCCACUUCUUUAUGUGGUCACCCUGCUGUUGCCGAGCGCUCUGAUGCUGGUUCUGGACCUGCUGGCCUUCCUGAUUCCGGUCCACCUUAAACAGCGUCUCAGCGUGAUGGCUACUGUCUACACCGGUCACUUCAUCUUCAUCAUCACCGUCUUCACUCUCUUCCCACCGUUUACUCAACAACUGCCUCUGAUCGAAAUGUAUCUGUUUGGCACUCUGGGGCUCCUAGCAUUGGGUGCUGUAGAAACCGCCAUAUUGUUCCAGCUGGCCAAUGGGAGGAGCUCAUGGGUAACCAAGCACGUGUUUACUACUUUGUGGAAGCAAACAGGGCGGAGUCAGUGGGUGGAGCCUCAAAUGCAUAGGGGCGCUGGAGUGUGUAUGUGCUCACGGCUGGAAGAGUGUGUGUACGCUCUGCAGGAGGAGCUCACACACAUUCGCCACUUCCUCCAAGAUCUACGUCAGGAUAGGACCACACUGAGCAUGUGCAGAGAGCUGAGUUUAGCUAUAGACCGGACCUUCCUGUACCUGCACUGCCUCGUCCUGGCCAUCGGGGGCACUGUGCUGUACUGCCAGUGGAGGAGCACAGCAUGAAAAAAAGUGUGGACAAAUGCUGCUGUUAGCCCCACCCCCUACAUCCCAAACCCCACCCGCUACAUCCCAAACCCCGCCCCUUUUCCCAUAGCAAACCAUGUUACAAAAAUACUUAAAAGGCUAUAUAUUUACACUGCAGGUAAAAGUGGCUUGACUUUGAUUUGAGAGAAAGUU